AUGGGAAAUCAAACGUCCGUGGCUGAAUUCCUCUUGCUUGGUCUCUCCAGGAACCCAAAGAUCUGUCUCUUAUUGUUUGGUCUUUUUUCUGGGGCCUACAUCAUCACUCUGGUGGGCAACACAGUCAUUCUGCUGCUCAUCUGGCUGGACUCCCGACUCCACACACCCAUGUAUUUCUUCCUGAGCCACCUUGCCUGUGUGGACAUCUGCUACACUUCCAGCACAGUCCCCCAGAUGCUGGACAAUCUUCGGAGUCCAAACAAACCUAUCCCACUGGCUGGUUGUCUUAUACAGAUGUAUGUCUUCCUGGCUUUGGCCACAACUGAGUGCUUCCUCCUUGCAGUGAUGGCCUAUGAUAGGUAUGUGGCAAUAUGUCACCCGCUGCGCUACACAUUCCUCAUGAACAAACAAGUGUGCAUCAAUCUUGCCAUGGCAACCUGGACAAGUGGCCUUUUAUUGCCAGUGGCACACGCAGUCCUCACCUGGCAGUUGCCAUUCUGUGGUCCCAAUGUUAUUGAUCACUUUUUCUGUGAAAUGCCGGCAUUACUGAAGUUAGUGUGUGCCGAUACUGAAGUUAUCGAAAAGGUUACUUCGGUGGGUUGCAUUUUCACCUUGCUUAUGCCCAUCUCCUUUAUCAUGAUGACUUACAUCCGCAUCUUGGCUUCCAUCUUGAAAAUGCAGUCUGCACAAGGACAGCACAAAGCUUUCUCCACAUGUGCCUCCCAUGUGACUGUGGUGGUGCUUUUCUACGGCAGUGCCAUAUUUAUGUACAUGAGGCCUGAAUCUAGCCACUCUCCAGGUCAGGACAAAAUGAUUUCUUUGUUCUACAGCAUUGUCAUUCCCUUGUUUAAUCCUAUAAUAUACAGUCUGAAGAACAAGGAUAUACAGAUAUCUUUUAAAAAAGAAAUUGGGGGGAGG